GAACAAUUCAAAGUUGUUUCAGUUGCCUUCCUCUCAAGUUUCAUUUCGUUUGACUUGGACAAACAUCUUGAGAAGAGUCUUUUUUGGUAAGUUGAUUCAUUUUUCUAUUUUUUAAUGAAUAUUUAGAUCUUUGGGCCCGUUUCUAGAAAGUCCAGAUCAUUAACGGGCCUGCAAAGAUGUUGUUGAUUCCGUGCAAGGUAGAGUUCAAUAGCUGGGCAUCUAACAUGUUGAAACUGUCAGUUAAUGAAACAAAAUGAAGUAGUUUGCUAGCCAGGACCCACGAUGUUAUUCUCUACAUUUCGAUUUGAAUAUUUGAUUUCGGUCCCGAAAAGUUACCUGUACUUUCGAGAAACUGGCCCAUGAACAUGCUGAGUCGUGGCGAUUAUGUUAAGAUCAACGUACAACCUUUUUGGGAUUUUAUGAGAGUUUCAUAACAGAGAAAUAACACCUAACAAAGGACGGUAAAUGAAAGGAAAUAAGUAAAGAUAUUGUCUGUGGACAGUCUCGUAUUUCUUCACAAAUACUGAGGUACACGCCCGACAGAGUGGUCUAUCAUGUCUUUAAAAAAUUAGUUAUCUUCAUGCGCCAACAGAGACAAGAACAACAACGACGACGGCAGUGAAAAUAGCCUUAAUUUCAUCCGAUUGCUUCGAGUCGUUUUAUCCUCUCAGCGACGACGUUACUAAGGAGUAAUAAGGACUCGAGGUAAUUGGAUGAAAUUCAGGCUACAGUGAAAACGUCUCAACUCACGCUCCAUGCAGGCAUCGUGUGCUCGCCUAAAAACGCGAAAAAUAUAAAAAGUAACCGGGAAUUAAUAAAUUGGCAAUAGAUAACAAAUCAACAUUAUCCAAAAUUCUGCUGAUCAUACCAUCAUCACGGUCACAUCAUGGGACUUUAGAUUUACCUUAGCCUGUGCUAACAAGCUCUCUAUAAUUUUAUGGCGACGCAAGCGAGUCGCGAGAGAACACGCGAGUGAGCGGCCCUCGCACUCGCGUCUCUUUUCGCGUGCUGCUCUCGCGUGACUUCCCCAAAUGGAGAGCUUGCUCGCAGACUAGACUUAACCGUAACUAACCGACUUUGUUUACAGCUGCUUCAUAAUUGGCUGUGCAAGGUGGUACAAUCAAUAAGUUAAUCAAUCAAUUAGUCUCGUCAUUUAAUUUUCUUUAACGGUCACUUAAGAUCACUUUUGGAAAUAGUAUGUUUGAAUAGCAUACGAAACGUCAGGUUUAUAAAAAUGCGAAAACUCACAAUGUUUAUCACCGCUGUUUCAGUGUGUUUUAUGUUUGAUCAACGGCCCUGUAUAUAUACACUACCAAAAAUUUUAGUUGCCUUAUGUUUUCUGCAAAGUUGACCUGUAUAUAGCAAUCACCCUGUAUUUAACGGUCACUUUGCCAUUUCUCUGGGGUGACCGUUGUACAAAGGUUUGACUGUAUUACAUUUUCGUUCUCUUACAGCAAAAUGAGGCUUCUGUUGUUGAUUUCUUUCAUGUUCUCUGCCUGGCUGUUCUUCCUAGUGACUGCUCGCGGCUUUGCAGUUCACUUUGUUCAUCGUCAGGAAUUGAUUGAGGAAAUUGACGGCGUGAGAGAUGAUCCUGCUAUGGAUUCAGACGCAAAGAGCAGAUUCGGGAACCAGAGCUGUCGUAAAAAGGGAGAGAGUUGUACGUUAAUGUUCCAGUGCUGUUCCCUUUGGUGUAAUCCCUUGAGAUAUAAAUGCACUUAAUAUGAAACCUGUAAAAAUAAACUUGUUCUUACUGAUCUUUAAGGCGUACAAACAGUUUGAGUAAUUCAAGACGGGAAACUAAGAGAAAAUUAUCGCAGCUGUAAUAAAUUAAUGAUUAAUAAAGGAGAGGUGGAGUGUUUGUAUCUUAAUAAAACGAAGGAGUCCACCAAACGUUCAGCAGGAUUCUAACUCAAAAUUGUUUUCUUUUCUUUUAUAAGAAUGACAGACUCGUUGAAUGACACGGGCUCAAAAUGCUUGUUGAACAUGUCAAAAUGCAAAACGGAGUCCGACAGUUGGUCGAAGUGUCGAGGGUCGAGAGUCGAUUUUUUGACUAAAAUCAUAGGUUAACCCCUUUGGAAAAUAUGCAAAAAUGCGACUAUCUGAAGUGCAUAUUUUUAUAGGCUAGAAACGAUUGUUUCCUAUCUAAAAGAUCCCUAAACAUUUUUUUCAAGAUCAUUUUUGCCCAAAAACCGAAAAUGAAAAAAACAUCAAUUUUUUGACCAAAAUCAUGACAAUCGUUUGGUUUCUCUGCUUGAUUGGUCAUUCCAAUCAUUUUUGUGAACUUUGAUUUUGGACUUUAAUGCAGUUCUUACGCGUCAGCUUGUGCAGGACAUUUGAUCGAUCCUUCACUCGACUACGAUCAAUUCAAGAGAAGAGAUCAAUAAUUUCAAAGGUUUUUCACAGUUGCCUUCCUCUUAAGUUUCAUUUCGUUUGAUUUGGACAAACAUCUUGAGAAGAGUCUUUUUUGGUAAGUUAAUUCAUUUUUCUAUUUUUUAAUGAAUAUUUAGAUCUUUGGGCCCGUUUCUAGAAAGUCCCGAUUAUUAACCGGCCUGCAAAGCUGUUGUUGAUUACGUGCAAGAUAGAGUUCAGUAACUGAGCAUCUAACAUGUUGAAACUGUCAGUUAAUGAAACAAAAUGAAGUAGUUUGCUAGCCAGGACCCACGAUGUUAUUCUCUAUAUUUCGAUUUGAAUAUUUGAUUUCGGUCCCGAAAAGUUACCUGUACUUUCGAGAAACUGGCCCAUGAACAUGCUGAGUCGUGGCGAUUAUGUUAAGAUCAACGUACAACCUUUUUGGGAUUUUAUGAGAGUUUCAAAACAGAGAAAUAACACCUAACAAAGGACGGUAAAAGUAAAGGAAAUAAGUAAAGAUAUUGUCUGUGGACAGUCUCGUAUUUCUUCACAAAUACUGAGGUACACGCCCGACAGAGUGGUCUAUCAUGUCUUUAAAAAAGUAGUUAUCUUCAUGCGCCAACAGAGACAAGAACUACAACGACGACGGCAGUGAAAAUAGCCUGAAUUUCAUCCGAUUGCUUCGAGUCGUUUUAUCCUCUCAGCGACGACGUUACUGAGGGAGUAAUAAGGACUCGAGGUAAUUGGAUGAAAUUCAGGCUACAGUGAAAACGACUCGACUCACGCUCCAUGCAGGCAUCGUGUGCUCUCCUAAAAACGCGAAAAAUAUAAAAAGUAACCGGGAAUUAAUAAAUUGGCAAUAGAUAACAAAUCAACAUUAUCCAAAAUUCUGCUGAUCAUACCAUCAUCACGGUCACAUCAUGGGACUUUAGAUUUACCUUAGCCUGUGCUAACAAGCUCUCUAUAAUUUUAUGGCGACGCAAGCGAGUCGCGAGAGAACACGCGAGUGAGCGGCCCUCGCACUCGCGUUUCCUUUCGCGUGCUGCUCUCGCGUGACUUCUCGCGACUUCCCCAAAUGGAGAGCUUGCUUGCAGACUAGACUUACCGUAACUAACUGACUUUGUUUACAGCUGCUUCAUAAUUGGCUGUGCAAGGUGAUACAAUCAAUAAGUUAAUCAAUCAAUUAGUCUCGUCAUUUUCUUUAACGGUCACUUAAGAUCACUUUUUAAAUAGUAUGUUUGAAUAGCAUACGAAACGUCAGGUUUAUAAAAAUGCGAAAACUCACAAUGUUUAUCACCGCUGUUUCAGUGUGUUUUAUGUUUGAUCAACGGCCCUGUAUAUAUACACUACCAAAAAUUUUAGUUGCCUUAUGUUUUCUGCAAAGUUGACCUGUAUAUAGCAAUCACCCUGUAUUUAACGGUCACUUUGCCAUUUCCCUGGGGUGACCGAUGUACAAAAGUUUGACUUUAUUACAUUUUCGUUCUCUUACAGCAAAAUGAGGCUUCUGUUGGUGAUUUCUUUGAUCUCUGCCUGGCUGUUCUUCCUGGUGACUGCUCGCGGCUUUGCAGUUCACUUUGUUCAUCGU